UGUGGUGUGUGCGUCUCUCUGUGUGCUGCCCAGUUUAACCUCAGUACUAAUCCCUGAGUGUUCCUAAUCUCCUUGCCAGAGUCUUUGUUUCGCCCAGCCAGCUGCCCCUGAGUCGCAGACACGAGCAGGCCAAGCAGCUACUGGAGAGAGCUCGAAUGAAGGCCCGAACCAGCCCUCUCAAAGCUGACCACAGCAUUCUGCCCAUCGAGAGGAGUCCUCGGGACGCCUGGACGGAUGGCAGCUCGUCGCCAAAGAGGGGGCCUCCCUCCAGGGAGCGGCUCUGUCCAAACAGCGACUCCUCCAGUGGUGACUCCCACUGCAGGCCGCGGAAGAAACGGGGCCAGUCGCCGAGCCGGGUGAGGUUUGAGGACGAGUCCACCCAGGAGGCCGAGGUCCGACACCAGCUGCGGAGGAGGGGCGGUGCUGAGCCCUCGGGGCACCUGGCAACUGGGGGCUUGGUGCCCGACCCCAGGUUUCCGGCCUACCAGCUGGCCAGGAAGGAGCGCUCGCCGAAGGCCUGCUCUGGGGAGGCCGGGAAACCUCGCGGCGCGAAUCCCCAGCCGCGGGCCUCGUGGAGGGGCCUGGCUACUCCGCGCGCCAACGGUGAGGUGCCAGGUGGCGGGGCAACCGCGCCUCGCGCCAACACUGCCUUCUGCAUCGACGGCAAGUGCAGCUCUUGCGGCUGCUACAUCAUUUCAGAGCCUGCGGUGUGCGAGCCCCCUUCCUAUGAAUUUCCGGAUGUUAGGGUCAGAGCCCAGGAUGAGGAGGCCUACCAGCUCCAUCAGCUGGAAGUUCCCCGGGAUCCUGCAAGGAGCCUGAGUGCAGGGGCCAGAGAUGCUGUUUGCUCAUUGUCCCCCAGACCCAUACCCUGCAGCGUUCUUACGUCAGGGCCUAGGAUCACAAUCGAACCCAUUAAGGAAACGUACAUUGGUGACGUGACUUCCAUCGAUGACAUUCCUGUGACUGGCAUACCCGCUGGCAGCCCAGGCCAUGCUGAAAGGAAGGAUUGUAAUGACAGGAAGGUCUUGCCAUGCUACUACGCCGUAGUGUCAGGCAGCGACGGAGGAAGAGCGGGCAACGUCGGAGUUCCUGCCCGUGAGGCGGACUUGCCCAGGAGGGGUCUCGGGGAGAACGGUGCCACCUCUGACCUUGGGAGUGCUCCGUCUGACGGUAGAUCAAAGCCCAGCGGGGAAACCGGGGAGAGAGGGGGGGUCAGUGGCCAACGGUGCCGAAGCGUCGAUAGGGCUGACAAACCUGGACGCUGUGCCAUGUCCAAACAGGUAGCCAGGGUUUGUGGGCCAGGGGACAGUCCCAAAGCAGGCCCAAGCUCAGAGCAGUUGCCAGGAAAGCCCUCCCUUUGCAAGCCCCUUCCUCUGCCACUGGUGAGGUCCGGUCGCAGCUCCGACCAGACCCAGGCGGUCUCCAGCUUGCCGUGCCCUCCUCUCUCUCUGCAAGAUGGCACAGGGGGUCCUGGCAACGGGCAGCUCGUGAAGGUCCGAGGUGGACCUCAGGAACCCGGCACGACAGAUCCAGCACUUCCCCCGAACUUUCCGGGUCAGACCCGCGGCCGGCAGCCAUUGCUGAAGAGGCCCAGCAAAGGCAAGUCAGGCCCGUGCCAGCAGGGCAGAGAGGCACUCGUCCGCACAGACAGUCCCGUCGCACACCUCGGCACCUGCCCACCUCUUCAAUCCCGGCUCCUUCCACAGGGUGGUGCGGGAAGACUGCCGGAGUCCCCAGCUCUUCCAGAAGCUUCUUCUCUUCAACCUGGGCGACAAGUGCCUUGGGACCACACUCUGGCCGUGUGCUCCUCAGGGCCUGCAGCUCACCCGCAGCCUGGUUCGGACCCUACCCCGCUGAGGGAGACCCUGAACGCCGGCCCCGGGCAGAGCUCAAUCGACUGGACCCCUGACGUGGGGAGACCCUCCACCGUGACCCAUCAGCCCAUCGAUCCUAAUGGUGGGCUCCCAGCCUCUGAGCACCGGGGGGGCCACCUGGAAGACAGUCGGAUUGGGAAUAGUUGGAGCGUUCCUGGUUCUGAGCGUACGUCCACAUCGGAAGAGGCUGCUAAGAAACGCCAGAACAAACCAGCAGGCAGGGAGCUGACAACAGUGAAGAUAUGGCCCCACGCCAACACUGACAGAUCGGAGGUGCCAACUCCAGUCGGAACAUCAGAUCUGGGUGAGUGCCAGAGGUUGGCACAGCCUCCUGAGACAGGCCCCAUUGCCGCUGAGUCCAGCACCAGGCCAGGCGUCAGCAGAGAGAGUCCUAUCCACCACUCGAACAGCCUGCCUUCAGAGGACAACCAGGUACCAGGAGACCCCAGCAACAGCCCCCGAUGUCUGUGCAUUACCGAGAGCCAGCAGAGACCGCGCUCUGCCCUGAGAGCCUUCCUCUCUUCCAUUGGACACAACACUGUCAGGAAGCUCAGCAAGCUCCGCUCAGCCAGCAUGGAGCAGCUUAGCCCCCGGUCGGCAGACCCUCGGCCUACAGCCCUGAGGAGCGAGGAGGUCAAAGCAAGGCUGAGGAAGAGUCCUUCUCUCCAGUCUCUCCAGCUGGUAUCCCCAUUGGCUUACCUGAGGAAAGCUGUGUCCUUCCAAUCUCUUCACCCUCAGGUGAGAAGAAAUCAUUCCAGUUCCUACCUGGUGGAAGAGGUGCCGCCUGGAUUGGGAAGCAG